CGAGACGCGCACGCACACACGCACGCCGUCCCCCACUAGUGCCAGCAGCGGAACAGUGACCCAGUGCCAGGACUCAGUGCCGCGCGAGUGCCAAGUGCAGCUCGGCGGAGGAGGGGAGUGAGGACAAGUGAGAGUGAGAGAUAGUGUGAGUGAUGGUGACAGCCUUGUGACAGUGAUCGUCUGCAGCAGCUGGGCGACGUCGGCAUCAUGGUUGUAUCUAUGUCCCGCAGAAGUGUGCGAGAGCUGGUGCCGGCGCUGAGCGGGUGCGUGAAGAUGGCGCCGACCCACCACUUCGACUGGGACAUUAAUGAUUCCAAUAUACCCAAAGUCAGCGAAUUCGACUUGUUCUGCGACUGGGCGGAUGGGCACUGCCGCUUCGUGUACCCGCCCGAGCUGGAGGAGGCCAAGAGGCACUCCUCGGGCUGGGCCAUGAGAAACACCAACAACCACAACGUCAACAUUCUCAAGAAGUCGUGUCUGGGGGUGGUCGUCUGCAGUCUUCGGUGCACGCUCGACGGUGGGAUGAAGGUCCACCUCAGACCCGCCAUCUGCGACAAGGCGAGGAAGAAGCAGCAGGGGAAACCAUGUCCUAAUAAGUCCUGUUCGGGAAAGCUGGAGGUCCUGCCGUGUCGGGGGCACUGCGGAUACCCCGUCACGCACUUCUGGCGUCACACCGACCACGCCAUCUUCUUCCAGGCUAAGGGUGUGCACGACCACCCACGACCCGAAGCCAAGAGCACUGCCGAAGCAAGGAGGAGUCUCACGGGUCGUGGACUCUCCUUGCACCAUCACCACCCUCGACGACCGCCGCCACGACUCUCGGAGACCAAGGUAGUGACGGGCGUAAAGAGAUCCCUGCCGCCCGCGACUUCAACCGUGCUGGAUCUGGGCGCCGCCAACCCAUCCGUCAGUCAAGUGGGCGCCCCUCCGCCCGCCAAACUGCCCCGCACCCUCCCGCCACCCCUUCUGCCCGACAACGCCCACGGAGGCAACCUCGCUGUGGACGUGUGCUCGUGCCCGCCCUUCGAAUGUACCUGCGGGAAGGUUGGUGUGGGCGCCAUGGGCAUGACCGGCUCGCCCGCUGCACCCAUGGGCGGCGUGCUGGUGCCCAAGGCGGCUUUCCCGCACCCGCAGACGCCCCUCGACCCCUACUUCCCGCACCCGCACCAGCCGGACGCCCACGACAUGCACCGCAUGGACGCCGCGCGCCCGCAAGUGUACCGCAGCCCCGCGCCGCCCUCGGGGGCCUUCCACCCGCCUCCCCUCAACUGGACGCCGCCCACCAGCCUACCCGGCGAGUGGGGCCUGCACGCGCCGCCCGCCUUCCGGGUAGAGCCCUUCGGCGGCGACGGCUGGCAGACCACGCCCGCGCCCGACGGCGGCGUGUGGUGCGACGCGGGCCUGGGCGGCGGCGAGCACGCGCGCCCGCCGCCCCUGCCCGCCCAGCACUACUACAGCGGCGGCGCGCAGAACUUCGGCUGCGACGUGAAGCUGGACCCGCAGACGGAGGCCGAGUCCAUGUUCCCGUUCGAGGAGGCGUUCCAGCCGCAGGACAUCUUCGCGCUGGAGCAUCCGUUCCGCAAGCGGGAGGAGCCGGCGCCGCACGCGCUGCCCGAGGCCACGGCGCAGAAGUUCCUGCAGUGCAUCGACGACAUCAUCGGCGACUGCUUCCUGGAAGGACGGGGCGGCCGAGCAGCGGUCCCCGCCCACGCUGCUGGACCUGGGCAGCGGCGCCCUCACGCACCAGCCCUACGCGCCGCCCACGCCGUCGCUCUCCCUCCCGCACACGCCCACCAUGGCCAUCCCCAGCACGCCCUCCUUCUCGACGCCCAAUCCGCCCACGCCCGCCACGCCCAACUCUCUCCCCGUCACGAGCUCGGCCGCCAUUUUGGACGACCCCAGACUCUCGGAGAGGCUGCUGUCUCCCUCCCUGCAGCAGCACGCGCCGUCCUCGGCUCGGUUGCAGCAUCAGCAGCAUCAGCAGCAGCAUCAACAGCAUCAACAGCAGCAGCAGCACGAGGAGAGCGGUUCUCCGAGCGUGGCGGGCUUCUGCGGCGGCGGCGGGCGGGAAGCGACGUGUCCGCGGUUCGUGUUCCCUCCGGCCAAUGAUUACGCCAAUUACGCCAAUGAGUCGCGCGCUUACGCCGCUCACGACGACUCCGCCAAUGGGGCGCUGCCGAGCUAUGACGUCACCGUGUACACGUCAUCGUUCUGUGUGUCUCCCAGCCAAUCAAAUACGUUCCCGGGUCGCGAGGGGAAGACAGAUAAUCAGUUCCCAGCAUGUGAGGGGAAGUCCCUGCUUCCCUGUCAUCAGCUGGCCGCCACCACAGCCUCUUCUCCCCUCAGUUGAGCGCGGCGGAGACCGGCGCGGCGCAUGACGUUGUCUCACAUGCACUUCGCUCCUUCCCAGGUUCCCGCUCCUGCAAGGGGUCCGUUCCACCGCGAAAGUGGCUUACGUGACUAAAAAGAUUACCAACCGCUGGCGGCAUGUGCGGCCGAACAUGUCCGCGCUGCGUUCGGCAUGAGCGACUUCAUUUCUUAAACUCUGUUGAUGAUGUGAAGUGUGCAGCAAGCAAGGCAACAAUGCCCAGGUUCAUAAUGGCAAUCUUAGUCAUAAUGAAAGAGUAAGCAGCAAGCAUGACAAUAAAAGACCAAAUAAUGGAUCAGCGAACACAUUAAAACUGAUUCGAAGGACAAUGAACGAAUGUACACAUGGCGCCAAAAAAAAGGGCCAAUUCGGCAUUUGUUUUGCUGAGGAUUUUAAACCGGGGGCUUCCUGGCGCGAAACCCCCUCGUCCUGAAACAAAGGAAGAGCGAAAUGAGCACCUCGUCUUCCCCUUUUAUCUCCUGAAAACUUCAGGUUGUUUGUAAAUGUCGAUCUCCAGAAUCUCUAUCCUUUAGUGUUAAGAAUUCACGAGAGUUUUAUGGUAACUCUAAGGCAAUCUGCUCAUAUACAUGCAUAUCAACAAAUAGUUCUAUAUGAUUUUUAUGCUAGUCAGUUUUUUAUUUUUAUUUUGUAUUUCGAUGCCAAAACUAGUCAGAAAAAAGAAAGAUUUCUACACAGUACAGUAUUUGACAGUAGUGAGACCACAACCGCCACCGCACUCAGUACUCUAAACCCGUCGAGGUCGACGCUCCUCUCGCCCUCCUGUCAUGACCUCUUCUCCCUCCCUCCCUAAUAUCCCUCCCUCCUUCGUACCCUUCCCUCUUAUUCCUCCCUCUC